AUGCCGCUCCCUGCGAUAUCACUAGCCCAAGGCUCUCUCGCAGCCACCAUACUGCUGGCCGCCGUCGGGACCUACAUCGGCGCCACCCCUCCCAACCCCGACGCGGAAGCCACCCACACCAUCCCGGCGUCCGGCGACACGGUCCGGUCGCUGCUCAUCACCAACAAACGCAGCAUCCGGCUUACUCUGAUGGCCCCGCUCGGCCUGUUUUCCCUGCACACUGUGACCCUGGCCCUCCUGCACCCCAACAUCCCUCCGUCCAUCCUGGGGUACGGCGCACAGAACGGGCUCAACCCCGACCGCAUCACUUGGUCUGCAGCCACGGCCGUCCCGCUGGCGCUCAUCCUGUGCGCCGGCGUGCCGCUGCGCAUGGUUGCGUACGCCUCGCUGGGCACCAAUUUCACCUUUGCGCUGAAAGAGCCUGACCGGCUCACCACCACGGGCAUCUACCGCUACGUGCAGCACCCGAGCUACACAGGGUUGGUCAUCCUCGUGAUCUCCAAUGUCGCCCUGCUGGGGAGGAUGGACGGGGCCAUCAGCUGCAUCGUACCGCCGGGGUGGCGCGACGAUUUGGCCGCGCUUCAGUGGGCGGUAUUUCCCGGGUUUCUAUUCAUGGUGUGGAAGCGGACGAUGCAGGAGGAGAGUAUGAUGAGGGCGCGGUUCGGGGCCGAGUGGGAGGGAUGGCAUGCUAGGACAGCACGGUAUAUUCCAUGGGUCUUUUGA